AUGAUCAAUAACUACCGCAUAAUUCCUCGACCCACCAACAUACCCUCACCGGAAUGGCGACGCUUGAUUGGGCGCGGUGAACGAGUUGCCUAUACGACCACUGAUACUGGCCUCUGUCAUAGAGCCGCUGCCGCACUGGCGCCGAUAAUUAAACUGGACGCCGAUCCCGACCUGUCCGGCGACCUUAUACGAAACCUGGACCUCGUGAAUAUUAUUCACGCGGGAACCCAUUCGGAUAACAUCCUGCGACAGACUUAUUUAAAUGCCUAG